AUGGAGUUCACUUUGCCAACACAUUCUAAGGCUUUCAUGCACUUACAAAUUAUAAUAAUACCACCUGUAGCCCUAAGACAUGUUCUAAAACGAAAGGCCGUCGAACAAUUUUGCGCGAUUAUCUGCACGCCAUUUGAGGCCUCAAACUGCCGAACACAAACAAACAUCGUGAUUCCAGAGAAUGGAUUUUCUGUAUUCUACCGAGACAGCCAUUGCCAGCAUCAUCUGCUCCUCGAAGCUCUCGGGCCUAAUCGGGCCUCCAACGGGCCUGGGCCCACAUUGGCUCUCGUCAUGUGGUCCGCUGCCAACAGCUGUGUCAAACUCGUCCGAGCCCCUGUAGCUCGUGCCCGCCUCAGCCAUCUCCGACCGGCUGCGGCCCAGCCAGUCCACGUCAUCCUCGUCGUCCCCAGCGGCCAUAGCCAGCUGGCGGCCUGGCGACACUACAAUGCCGCUUUCGGUCGGUUUUCGGGGGUCUCGGGGUUUGACUGCUGGCGCUCGGCGAGUGCUGCUAUUGCGCAUGCUAGGCCACCGGAAGGCGAGGGGCUGCGAUCGUCCGCUAUGCAUUGUUCGGUUUGGGAUUCGUCGCUGUAG